AUGAUCAGCCCUGACGAGCCCCUUCACGUGCUCGACCUCCCCCAACUCUACCAGAAGCCUUCCGGAACUGAUCUGAUUAAGGCGUUGGCUUUGCUGAGUUUGCAACCGCGUACAUUCGGCACAACCGCUGAUGUUGUCAAGGGCCCUGCAGUCCAGCCCGAAGGGGUGACUCGUUAUCUCACGUCCAUCAUCGCCAGCUCGUUGGCAUGGCUUGACGCUGACGAGCUCCGUGAGGCUAUUUGGGAUGCUGCCUCUGCAAGACUGAGCGAGCGGUCUGGUCGUACCGCCAUGCCAGCAAUGUCCCGCGUUUUCAAUAUACCCACCUCCUCCGGCGAAGAAUACACUCUUACCCUGCACGAACCCUCCCUCACAGCUGACAACCUCGGGAUGAAGACUUGGGUGUCCUCUUACCUCCUCUCGCGCCGGCUCCACGGCCUCGAAUCGCCACCGUCACUCGUACCUUCGUCGACCGACGCCACCAUACCCACUCAGAGGCCUUUGCGGGCCCUCGAGCUUGGUGCCGGCACAGGACUGGUUGGUCUGUCUUUUGCAGCUCUCCGGGGUAAAUCUGCCACCAUCCACCUCACCGAUUUGCCGGAGAUCGUCCCGAACCUGGCGCAUAACGCUGCCUUGAACAUCGAGCUCCUCAACAGGACCGGGGCCGCUGUUACGACCGGUCUACUUGACUGGUCAGUCACUCCUUCACCACUUCCCACAGAGGAACAGCGGUACGAUGUGAUUCUCGCUGCUGAUCCGUUAUACUCGCCCAGCCAUCCCAAGUGGUUGGUGGACACUGUUGGGCCCUGGCUUAGCCGUGGGCUCAAUGCGCGAGUCGUAACGGAGAUGCCGCUGCGAGACGCAUAUCUACCGCAGGUUAAGGAGUUCCGGCAGAGAAUGGGUGCGCUAGGUUUGGCGAUUAUCGAAGAGGGUGAGGAGAUUGGCUAUGACGACUGGGAAAGUGCUGAUGGAGGUGCACUGGCUGUCAAGUGUUGGUGGUCAAUUUGGGGAUGGAGUGAGAAGCUCGAAUAG